AUGCCUGAAGUACAGCUUAAUGACGCCCAGAUUGAAAUACUCAAUGCACAUUUGGAAGAGUUCUGGGGUGCAAAUUCUCUACAAUGGGAACGUACACUUGAUGAUACCUGGGAUGAAGUCAGGGAAAAUUUGGGAGGACAUGUACUAACCAACAUCAAGGAUUUAACUGACAUGAAGGAGGAUGCUGAACCUGGAUACUUGGGUACAACACAGACAUGA